GGCUGUUGGAGAAUCAGGAAGUGAUUUUGAGAGGCAAUGGAAGGUCGACACGUGUUCUGAGACAUGCAGGCCGUUGCAAGGGAGAGCGUAUUUGGUUGGCAGAGGAGGAGAUUUUCUUGCCGUUACGGAGAUAUUUUUUUCUGGAGGCGAGGUUUUCUUGGAGAGCAAGCUGCCGGAGGGUGUAGGAAACGAGGUGGGAUAUUUUGAAGGUGUUCUUUGGUUUGAGGGGGGAGCAAGUUUUUUUCCGAGAUUCUGGGCUGGUUACAGGGAGGAAGAAAGGAGAGUGAGAUAUUUUGAGAGGUAUUUUCUUUGGCUUGGGGGGCAAGGCAAAAGGGGAGAGGAUUUUUCUCUAAAGGGGAGCUGUUUACAGAGGAGGAAGGGGAAGCUUUACAGAGGAAAACGAGGGAGCUUGGGGGAAUGAGGAUUUUGGGGUUGCUGAAGUGAGAUAUUUUGAGUGAGCUGGUUACAGAGAUAUUUUUGAGACUGGUUGCUUGGGAGAGGGAGUUUCUUGAGAGAGAUAACCAGAGAGAGAGUGCGAGAGAGAGCUGUACGUUUAGAGAGUAGAGGAGGAUGGCUUUGUCGGUUCAUUAGUUUCGUUGGCUUUGGAGGAGGAUUUAAAACAUUUGAAGCUGAACAGAACCUUACUGGAAAAGGGCUCUCUCAGGUAUGAAUGCAACAGAUUUUAGGACCUUACCUAAUUUCUUUCCCACUUUUUUUAAGAGAUACUAAUAAGGAUUGUGGGAUAUAAUCCUAAACUUAAAUAGCGAACAGUAAUUAGUGCCUGCGUGUCUAUGUAAGUAUAUAUUAACUGUUUCUAUAUAUAUUUCCAUAUGUCAAUCAAAGAUCUAAUCAGUGAAAAAUUAUGAAGUAAUUGUUUGCUCAGAUUCAUCAGAUGCCACAUGAAAUUUCAGAAUAUUGUUUGCAUUUUCUUUCAUUUAAAUUGUGAUAAGAGAGAGAUAGGAGAAGCUAGCGGGGCAUCUGCAGCAAGGUGUUAGGAUUUAGGCGGUAUCAAAGAGAUAGGAGAAGGCAUUGUUGAAGUUUCAGGCAUCUGAAGAACGUUAGUUGACACAGCUGUGACUGGAACUUAAGAGGGAACAUCGUUUUUGGUGCUAUAAGCUUCUAGUGUUUCUUUGAUUGGAUCACAAUUAUGGACUUAGCAGCAGACUUUUUCAACCAAUCCAAUGCUUUACUGAGAAAAAACUUGAUUUUGCAGAAACGAAAUUUUCUCCCCCUUUUUUCGCUCAUUUUCUUCCCCAUAGUGCUGCUGUUUUUAUUCUUCCUUAUUCAAACUGCCGUGAACAAAGAGUUGGAUAAAAGUAGCUCUCGUCCCAUCCCUCACCCUCAGGAAUGGCCUGCAUUGCUGCAUAUACCAGCUUCGCGUUAUCGUGCCGUGAAAACUACAUCUUCACCUUUUAUGGACUUGCCCCAGGAAUCAUGCAGGAGUACAGGGUUGUGUCCUGUAACUCUUCUUCUCACUGGAAAAGAUAAAUCUUUUGGACUAGGUUUGACUGACAAGAUGUUCGCAAAAGUUUCCUCGAAUUCUUCAGAAGUUGAGCAUAGUCUAGCCAACAUGGUCUUGGGGUCCGAAACAGCGCCUCCAUAUUUUUAUUUUCUUCAUCCUACUUCCUUCCCGGAUCUUCCUAUUUAUCAUCUUCAAAGUAACCAAUGCGCACCAAACUCGACGUUUUUUAUUCCUUUACGUAAAGUGCAACGAGAGAUAAGAUGUGUUCGAGCUUUAUGUUUGUGGAGGAAUAGCUCUUCUGAAGUUAAUGAUGAGCUAUUUAAGGGUUAUCGUGAAGGAAAUUUAGAGAAGAAGAUCAAUGAGUUUGCUGCAGCAUUCGACUUCUCAAACUCCAACAAGACUAAUUUUAAUGUGACCAUAUGGUACAAUUCAACUCAUGAGCUAGCACGCUUGGUUAACCUGGCAUCGAAUGCCUACCUCCUGUCUCUGAAAGAUGGUGGUACAAAGGUGCUAUUUGAUUUCAUGAAGGGAAUGCCCAAACCUAGCAGUAACCCACCCAGACUAGACGUUGCUUCUGCAUUCGGAGUACUGUCAUUUACUUGGGUUGUUAUGCAAUUUUUCCCUAUGGUGUUGACAUCUCUGGUUGAGGAGAAAGAAAGUAAUCUGAGAAUAAUGAUGAAAAUACAUGGCCUAGAUGACAGACUUUAUUGGGUGAUUUCUUAUACCUAUUUUGUUCUCAAAUUUGUUAUCUACAUGCUAUGUCUGGUAGCAUUUGCUUCAGUUCUAGGGUUACAAUUCUUCACUAUGAAUGACUUCAAAAUCCAAUUUCUCUUCUACUUCAUCGUAAUAACAUUCGCAUUGCUUUUUGGAUCAAGGCUCUCUGGGAAGUCUGUUUUUGAGUUCUUUCUUGAAGAUACAACAUUGUCAAGACAUUGGAUUAUUGUUAUGGAGCUAUAUCCUGCUUUCUCUCUUUACCGUGGUAUAUAUGAGCUCGCACAAUAUUCUCUCAUGGGUAGUGCAACAGGAACCCAAGGGAUGCAGUGGAGAGAUUUGAGCGACCCUGAGAAUGGGAUGAGGGAUGUCUGCAUUAUUAUGAUGGUCGAAUGGUUGGUAGUACUUUUUAUUGCAUACGACAUCGAUCAAGGAAUAUCAUCAAGGAAUGGAGUCACAGUGAGGGUUUUGCUAUUCUUGCAAAAUAUUUGGAAGAGGUCAAGAAAUGGUGUGAAAAGAAGAAUUCUAUGUUUGAUGCUAGGCAUUUGGAAGAAGUCAAACUUAAAAAGCCAAAAAUUUUUUGCAGUUUCCCCACAGGUGGAAAAUAUUGACGUUUUCGAAGAGAGGGAGAAAGUUGAACGAUGGCUGCAUAAACCCACGUCGAUUUAUUCAAUCAUUUGUCAUAAUCUUGAAAAGGUGUAUCCAGAAAGGGAUGGAAACCCUAAGAAAAUUGGAGUGAGGAGGUUGUCUCUAGCUAUAUCCAGAGGGGAGUGCUUUGGUAUAGUUGGUGACAGUGAUGCAGGCAAAACCUCUUUCAUUAGUAUGAUGACUGGGAUCACAAAGCCAACCUCUGGCAAAGCAUUCAUUGAAGGUCUGGAUAUAGAGAGUCAAAUAAAAGAAAUAUAUACAAGAAUAGGUUAUUGCCCUCAGAUUGACCUUCUCUGGGAAACUCUAACUGGGAGGGAGCACCUCCAAUUUUAUGGAAGGGUUAAAAACCUCAUAGGUCCUGCCUUGACACAGGCGGUGGAAAACUCUCUUAGGAGAGUAAACCUUGUUCGUGGAGGUGUAGGUGACAAGGAAGUCAGUGAAUAUAGUAGAUCAGAGAAGAGGAGGCUGAGUGUUGCCAUUUCAUUGAUUGGAAAUCCUCAAGUGGUCUUUAUGGAAGAACCUACUGUUGGUUUAGAUCCAGUAUUGAGAACCAGUUUAUGGAAUGCUAUAAAGCAUGCAAAGCAAGAUCGAACGAUUAUUUUGACAACACAUUCAAUGGAAGAGGCAGAGGCUCUAUGUGAUAGAAUAGGAGUUCUAUCAGAUGGCUGUUUGCAAUGUAUAGCCAGCCCUCGAGAGCUGAAGGCUAGAUUUGAAAGAUUUGAAGAAUCUUCCACAUUUAAGGACACAACACCCCCCGGCCAGAAGGAUGAGUUGCGUCGCCUUUUUGGUUUGCCAACUUUUAGUGGGUCAAUGGAAAAAUAGAGCUCACAAUUGGUAGAUGAGGAUGAGAGUGAGCAGAGAAGAUAUAAGAUGGGAGGCAUGUGGUUCCUAUAAUUCCUGUUCUUGCAUUUCAAAAGAGGGCGUGGAAUCAUAUAAUUUGAAGCCUGCAGUGUUGUUGCAUUUAGGAGCAUAAUUUGAUGAUUGUGGACUGCAAAUUCACUUUGUGUCCUCCAUAUGUUAGCAAGUUUAGCACAAACAUUAAUGUCUUCGGAUAUUUGAAGCAAAAAUCAAUUAGUAAAAUUCA